CCUUCAGCUGCGCGCCACCAACACCACGCACCGCCAACCUACUUUUGCCCAGCGUUCCUUCUCACAACUUGCGUCCCUUACGUCGUUGAGCGAUUGCGAUAACGGAUCCUCACGACUUUCACGUUCGUUUUGUGCAUUGACCCCGGGAGCGCAGUCACCCCCGAACCUGGUUUCUUAACACGGCAAAUCCCCCGCGGGAGCAGGGCAGCACACUCGUAGGAUCCGCCAUGUGGUUCCGCAAACGCGAAAACGACAUCGAAAUGUCGGGUAUGAUGGACGGCGCGCCUAAGAAAAAGAAGCCUCAAGGUCCCCCGGAAGAAACAGAAUACCAGAAAUUCGAUUGGAAAAGAUUCUUCCUCGCCCCCAAGUACAUCCCAUGGCACAUACUGUUCAUCGUCAUUGGCAUCUUGACUGUCAUCAUCACGAUCAAACAUGACGCCGUUGUUGAGAAACUACGGCCGUGGUCCGAGAAAGUGCGAGACUUGCCAGCAGGAUGGCUAAUUCCUAUUGCUAUCCUGAUUGUCAUUUCUUUCCCUCCUUUGUUCGGUCAUGAGAUUAUCGCGCUGUUGUGUGGUGUUGUCUAUGGCCUAUGGAUUGGAUUCGCGAUUGUUGCAGCAGGCACAUUCAUCGGCGAAGUUGGCACAUGGUACGCCUUCAAAUACGCCUUCCGCUCCAAGGCUCUGAAAUUGGAGCGCACGAACUUGAAUUAUGGCGCUAUGGCACGUCUAACACGUGACGGCGGUUUCUUCAUCGUGCUUAUCAUUCGUCUCUCCGCCAUCCCAGCGCAUUUCUCCACCGCUGUUUUCUCAACCUGCGACGUCAAGUUCUGGCAUUUCGUCGUCGCUACUUUCCUCUCUCUGCCCAAACAGAUCUUCCUCGUUUACCUAGGUGUGUUGCUCCUACAAGAGAGCAACGACGACGUGAUCAAGACGGUCAUGUUCGGCGCUAUUUUUAUCAUCACUAUUGCCAUGGGUGUCUGGAUUUACAUGAAGAUGCGCACAGUGAAGAAGACACUUUUGGAGGAGCAAGAGUUACGAAGGGUAAAGAAGGCGGAGGCUGUGGAGCUGGUGCCGAAUGUCGAACGGGCGUUUGAUACGCGGUACGAUGAGGAGCCUGUGGCAUGGUCGACUAUGCAACCAACUCAGGUCAGCAGGCCGAUGGAGAGAAGAUACGAUGAGGAGCCUCCGGAGUGGGCUAUGGCACCUACGCAGCCGACCAGGAUGGUUUGAGUGUAGGUUUUGGUUUGGUGUUAUUUAGACUACUAUAUUCUUAAUGGCAUAAUGAUGUUAUGACCCGCAUG